UGAAAGUAUACACUAUAACUUUACUGCGAUCACAGUAAGCUGUCGCCAUACCCAUAGCAUAAGUAUAUUUUAUAGACAAUCAGAAUUUAUCGCGCAUUCAAGCAAAGCACACGUCAUCAUGAUAUAUAACGGAGAUAUUGUAAAAAUCUAUAUUCAUAAUCGUCGUGAAGAAGAUGUCUUGAAUUUUCUGAAGAAGCAUUUGAAUAUUACACUCAAGUUAUUGAAACCCUUAGCAAAAAAUUGGAUUCGAAGCUUCAAGUACCAUUUUUCGAAGCAUGGAUGCUGUAAGCGGUUUUUUGAGAAGGAAUCAAAAUGGAUUGAAACGCCUUUCUCGUCAGGUACUACGGGAUCAAAGUCGUUCCAUCUUGCUCAUCGUAAAAGUGUUCCUAACCCCGCUGAGCACAAUAACGACGUGGAAGGUAUUUCAAUAGAUAGCACACCUUUGACGCCUCUAUCUACCGCAACCAAGUCUGGUCACCGCGGACGUAGGCGCCUGGUGUUUGAAAGCUUGUCUAAAUCAACCAAAAAUAAACAGAGUCAAAAGUUAGCACGAGAGAACCCGCUUGAAAAACUGUUGCAGUCAUCUGAAAAAGUAGCGCGUAAGCUGAAGAAUCCACAUACAGCGAAAAUGUUGAAAUUAUUGAGAACUGGUGGCGAGAUCUGGGCGAAAAAUGCAUUGAAUUCCAUCGAACGCGCCGAAAAAAAUCUAAAGCCGACUGCUGAAUCAUCGUUGAUGUUAAAAACACGACUUGGACUAAGCAAAUCAAAAUACCAAGGUAAGGGCGUUUGUAUGUAAGUAUUAGGGCAUAAAAGUUUCUAGAAACAAUCCCUAUUUCUGAAGCAUUAUUUCAGUCAUGGUCUCUAUGGAAGAGGAUUAUAUUUAUAAUAUUAGCAUCACACAAACAACCACUAGCAACAAUUAAAUAUAAGGAUACCUCAUUAUUUUACCUUGAGUGUAUAAAACUCAUAAAAAAAUUUAAAUAACAUUCCAAACUUUACAAAAAAAAAACCAUUGUGCAUUGUACACUUUCAUAUUUGUUGUAAUAGACUAUCUCCGUCAGAUCCAAUCUCCAUUUUUAUAUUUUCAAAAGUUAAUAUAUAAUAUAAAAUAAUUAAAAUUGGUGCACUAUAAUGUUCAUAAAUAGGGACCAAUAUAGCCGAAGCAGUAAACGCGCAGUUUUUCAGCAAGACUAUGCUGAUGGUUCUUGGUUCGCUUGCCGGUUGCUCCUCGACCUUUUCGUAAUGGAAAUUUUCUUGACUGCCUUGGGCUUACAGUAUCUUCGUACCUGCCACAUAUUAUACGAUCGCAAUAUGGUUGUUGGCAUAGAAAGUUCUCAAUCAAUUACUGUGGAAGUGUUCAUAGAACACUAAGCUGCGAAGCUGGUUCUCUCCUAUUGAGGACGGUACACCGAGGAGAAGAAUAAGAAUGAUUACAAAAGUGUUGAAUGCAUGAUUGUUUUUUUAAGAUAAUGUAAAAAUAUAAACAUUCGUCUUAUGAUAUUGAAUUUACUUUCUAUUUAAGGUAUUCGGAAAUUCAUAAAGCAAGAAUUCGGCUUGAAGCUUCUCGUCCCGUGGGCUGUUAUGAUCGAAUACAGAAAAUCAAUAAUACCGUCCUUUUUAACUCCAAACUGGGAAAAAGGAUACCUUUCGUGUACCGUUUCCGUUCGGGAUUUGAUUGAAAAUGAUGCUAGACGAAUUACUGAACUAGCAGACACAAGAUCAAAACUGGAUGCUAUUUCAAAUUCGUACGACGCACCAAUAGUCAUUGACUGUUUGAUGAGGGUAGCGGGAGGUCCUGAUUCAGCAACAGGUUUCUCCCAGUAUAACCAGGAAAACAUUCUUGGUAGUGAUGAGAGCCUCCUGUCAGAAAAUUAUAUGUGUCUGGAGCUGACAACAAUGUCUGGGGACGAAAUCUACCGGAAUCCAAACCCGCAGUCGGACUUGUUUUGUCGCCCACGAUCAUUAAGCUGGACGAAAGAGACGGAUGCCAUCACACUGGAAAUGUAUAACAACUUUUUCGAUGAAAUCAACGACAUCAAAGACGAUCCCGUCAUAGUCAACGUAGAUAAUAUUCGUCUUCGAAUAACAGUAGAAGCAAUUUAUUCAUUAAUCGAUGGAAAAGCUGCCAAUGCUAUUGUGGGCAACAAAAAUACACAUGCUUGUCCGGUAUGCAUUGCAGGAGUAGAUAGUGUAAUAGGACCGUCAUAUUUUCACUCUCGCUUAAAUAGCGCGGAAUGGCUAAUUCGUAAUGCGGCAAAAAAGAACAUCCCCAAUAACCCAGCUUUGACAAAUCCUGAAGUACGAGCGGAGCACAGAAAAAUUUCGAAUAAUCUGGAGGAUCAGUUCAAAGCCCAUGUAAAUCGGCCAAAACCCGGAGGCAGUGGAAGUUCCAAUAAUGGGAAUCUUGCACGCCUCAUGCUCUCAGAUCCUACCGCAUUUUCCAAUAUUCUUGGAAUAAAUGUAAAACUGGUGGAAAAUUUGAGGCUGAUCAGCAACCUGGCACUCUCAUCCCGAAGACUUGAUCCUGAAAAGGUCCAGCAGCUGUACGAGGAACUGGAGAAGAAUAUCAUUGCGGAAUUCACGUUCGUUAAAAAGCUUCCGCCCUGUUUGCAUAAAUACAAACACUUGCCGGAGUACAUCACCAAAUUGGUAAGUGGAAUGAUUUCUUAUAAUAAACAGAAUUAAAUACUUGUUUUUUUAUUCAAGCCUUACACUAUGAACUUUGUCGACGAACAAGCAGGGGAACGCAUGCACAAACGACAUAAAUUUUCUAGGCCCAAUUUAGCACGGAAAACAUCUCCCGAGGAUAAUCUGUAUGAUGUAAUGGUAACAGCUUUAGCGUGGUCUGAUGUAAAAAUGUCGUACAUCGCCCAAAGAAAAGAACCUAAAGACAACCGCGGGAAAGACGAUCACUCUAAGGAAUUGGCUAAAUAUUACAUGGAAGAAGAUUUGAGUGCCGAUUCCAUGGCUUCGGAAAUGGCUGCCAACACUGACGACGAGAGCACAGACGGAGCUGAUGUUGAAAUGUCCUCUGAAGAAAGUCCUUGCUCAGAUGGAGAAUGACAUGCACCAUUUUUGUCAUUAUGUUUAGAUAUCAUUUCUGUUAUUUGUUCUUUUUUACUUUUUUCAUUGUUUCUUGUUAUUUGUUAUUGUUUUUUUUUUUGAUCACUGUACUAGUUUAUUUUCGUUUAUUAUUUACAAAUGUUUACCUAUCAAGUAAGGAACUUGAUCGUUUAUCGUUACUAAAACCAGAAUUUGUUGUUUGUUUCCAAAAUAAUUAUAAAUAAGAUAAAUUACCUAAAUAUAUGGAAAACAAAUUUCUUGAAUUGUUUGAAAGAAAACUAGACACAUAGACAGUGCUGAAGCCUUAUUGCAUGUAGAUUAACAGUGUAUUUAGAGCAAUCAUUAGCAUUUUUUUUAUUUUUUUAACUGUGCUUACGGAAUAGUCUAAGGGAACUUAACAGUUUAUCUACUUGAAAAAAUGUAUGGAAAAAUGACGCAGAAGAGUUUGGAAGUUUAUAUAUUAUAAGAGAUUUUGAAAAGAACAUAAAAAAGAUCCAGCAAGAAUUUAAGGAGAAUACCAGGAAUAUAAGGAAUAUUGCAUCAACCCAGAAGCAUUCUAGAAGCACACAAGAAAGAUUCUGGAAGCAACCCAGAAGGAUUCUGGAAGCAUCCCUGAAGGAAUCCGGGAGUUCUGGAAUAUCCAAGAAGGAAUUUGUAAGCAUUCUAGAAGGAUUCUGGAAGCAUACAAAAAAUUCUGGAUGCAUUCCAGAAGGAAUUCUGACAACAUCCCUGAAGCAUUUU